AAAAAUGAUGCCAAAACAAAAACAAAAAGAAUUAACGAGAGGACGGAACUGUGGUCAAUUAAUGUUUAAUAUGAGGAUUAAUGUUUCAUAAGCGUGGAGAGUUUUUGUUCCUGUUACCACACCAAUCAAAUAUAUGUUAUUUUAUUCUAUGAACGAUUGAUGUAAACCAAUACUUUGAAGUCUCCCACACGUCUAGCGAUGAAAUUUAUCUUUUUUAAAGAAUUUUCCGAGUUGAACUGCCGGCGUUUAAUGUACUGAGCAAUUGUCUGCACCAUCAACGAUUCUUUUUUGUUGAGAGCGUAAAGAAUUUUGAAAUAAUACAGUUUUCUAACCACGCGAGUGAACAGCCGUUGUUGUGCUUAAAGAUAACACAGUUUUUUGCUCUCAACGACCGAAAAAAGUUUUGAGAACCGGAUUCUGUAGUGGGUGAAACUACGCUUCAUCAUUAGUAAUGGCGGAAAAUUUCGAACUUUCAGCAUCAGACAACGAGCACUGGUUAAACGGCUUUCUCCAACAAAACUGCGAAGAGGCGAGAAAACGAGUUUUAGAAGAACGAACUAUGAUGAAUUUUGCGGAAGACGGAGGUUCUCAAGACGAAUGUGAUCUGUCUGGAAUGUUCAACUUUAAGGAAUACGAAGAGUUCGACGAACAGAGAGUCUAUGAAAAUAUAGAUUUUUCGAUUCUGUCCGAAACAAAACGUGUGACGUUCAACGGUGGUAUAUCGACUCCCGACCUAGAUGUAAAACCUGACAUGGGUAUUGUGGCAUUGAACGGUAAUGUAUCAAUUCAUGAAGGUAAAAAUCGAUCAGUACACGACACUAACGAUCGUCUAUCGACUCCCAGCGACGACACUAUCCGCUACCGAGAGGAUUCUGACACGAAUUUUUCGACAUUCAAUACAUCGAUUUUCAAAAGUGACAAACGGUCUGAAUUGGACGCCAAUAGUACUUUAUCAACCCUCAAGGACGAAAAACGGUUAGAGAAGGAGGUUCGGCAUAGUAAAGACAAUCACUCCAUUAUGAAUGUCACGACCCUGGACGACAGCAUGUUGAUUUUCAAAGAUAAAGGACGACACGACGCCACCCAGGAUCCAGUCAAUUCUAUUCCACUAAUUCAGACGGGCACGUUGUAUUGUGAUGAAAUAUUGACGAAAGGCGAUGAACCACGAGCUAGCCUUGACGAUUAUGGAAAACGCGUUGGUAACGCGCAGCCACCUUCCGAGCACGCUCCGCCCACGACAAACAAUGGAGAGUUAGCCUUGGGCUUUGAAACCGAACUGGUUGAGGUGCCAAGUAUGGGAAUAGCUCACCCUAAAGAACAACUCUUGAAGGCAAUAAACGACUUCAACAAGAAUGUGGUAGAGAUUCAGCGAGUUCGUUUUAAGCAGAUGAUGUUCCAGAUCCAGGAAAUAGUCAAUGAAAUCUUGGCGGAAGUAGAACGACUUGAAAACACUUUUAAAUUCCAAAGAAUGAGCCCUGACAGUUAUUAUGAAAUGAAGUCGCAAAACGAAGUGGACAUACUUGUUGUCCUGGAAAACAUUUCGCACACAGAAUUUAUCAUCGAGGAUAUGAAAACACCAACUGGAUUUGCACGAAUACGUAUGACGUCAGCAUACAUGACGUCAUUAGAUGCAAUGAGGUCAUCAGAUGUAACGUCAGAACCUAAUAUGGGGUCGUCAGGUGGCACCAUUUUCCAUUGGUGCACGGACACUGAUUCUGGUGAGGUCUAUUUCUCACCUAAAAAGUUGUGCAUGAAAUUUGCUGCCUCAGUUUCUCGAGCAGCGGCGAAAAUUUUACGGCAUGGCUCGAGCCCACUCAGAAAGAAAGUGACGUUUUCGGACAGAGAAGAGACAUUUCCUUUCGUCGUAAAUCUUAUACCUACAGUCGCCUGUCCGCAGACCUGGCCGCUGUGUGCGUACUGGCUCAGAAAUUACACUAAACAAUGGCCAUCGCCACACGUCAAAGAUGAAGUCGUUAAGGGGAGAAUGCAUCUCGUUGCCAUGGUGACUAGCCAAGAGUCUGAUCCUCUAUGGCGAAUAAGCUUUUGCUCCGCACGUCGGCGUCUUCUCCAGGCUGAUGGUGAUGGAAAAAAGAAUUGCUUGCGCGUGUUGAAAGUUCUCCUCGUAAAAGACUUGUCGAGACCCAAAGGCAUCACGCCGCUGUACCUAGAAAACAUUGUACUAUGGGCGAGUAGGAAGCACUGGCAAGAAGAGGAAUGGGCCGAGUCUAUGUUAGCCGACAGAUUCUUGGAGAUGUUGGUGGCGCUGCACAAAUGUCUGGAAAAUAAGGAUUGUUAUAACUUUUUUGUGCCAACAAUGAAUCUUUUCAAUGAGUUGAAACCCGAUGCUUUGAAAGUGUUGGCUUCGAAAGUUGAAGACAUCUUGCGUGAUCCCUUCAAAUAUCUGAAAACCCAGGGAGCCAUACCCACCCCCUGACGUAGGACGUUUUGCUUGCUCCAGAGCGGCAUGGUAUAUCAAGACAACUUUUUCUUUUUUGGUUGUCGUUACCUGCAUGACUGACAUUGUACAAACACUGUUUUUUUUUAAUUUCUAGACUGGGUCACCUCUAAUCAUUCCUUGGGGUAACAGUUUCAAAGGUCUAGAUCUUAAUGACACAGUGUAGGUCCAAUAGCUGUCCUACGAGUUGAUAAGUAUUAGAGUACAAUCCACUACCACGAGAUUGUGUCCCGCCAGCAGGGCCGUAAAUGAUCUCUUGAAGUGGCAAAAACUCAUCUUUCUGAGUCGCACAAUUUAUUGGGGCUUUCUUAAAUGAUGGUCAGUGUAAUAAUUCCACAUAUACUUUCUGAUAGCACCGACAAAAGCUUUUUUCUGGAGUAUACUUUGUCAUGGACAGAAGUAGAUUAGUGCAAUGUGCAGUAUGAUAUUCUGAAAUAUUUGCUGGUUUAGGGAUACUCACACCUUCCCCCCCUCCACCGCUUUUAGAAUAUUGUUUCUGAAAGACGGACAAAUCUAUUUGUGUUUUUUUAAUCGGUUUAUUUAUCUACUCAUUUAAAGUUAUUGUAUUUUUUUCUUAGAAACUAUCCUGUCACUACACUUGUUGCAUGAUCUCAAUAUAAGAAAGAAUGCUUUUAUCAUAUAAAUUACACCUAAGUUGGGGAAAUUAAAUACUUGACGUCAAAUAACUGCUUAUUCUCCCUUGUUAUUUAAAUAAAUCGAAAGAUUUCUAAAAAAUGUUUCACCUUUUGGCAAGCUCUCUCGUUAAAACACCGAGUAAUGCGAAAACCAAAAGCAGUUUUGCUCGUAGGCUAGUAAGCUUUCAACUGUAUCUAAUUAUAUAUUGAUAAGAUAAUUAAAACCUGACCCAAAUUACCUGCCCAAAUUACCGUUAUGUUUAUGUAUUUUGUAUGUUUUUUGCUAUGGUUACAUAUUUCAUUAUUAAUUAUAUACUUGAAGUAAAACAUUGUAUUCCGCUGUCAAUCUGAACAGCUCAUACAAUAAAAUGGCUUAAAAGGAGAAUUUCUCUCACUUACAAUGCAAUGGCUUUAAAUCAAUAAUUCCGUCGGACUUAAAACGGAACUCAGAAAGACUGAGUUCGACCCAUAACGCUACGUUAAAAAACUUAUUUUCCUAAAUUUUUUACCAGUUCUAGAAAAAUUUAGC